UUUUAAUUCCUGCAGGCAACACCACCACCCUGAAGCCAGAGACCAGUGUCAGCACGGUGGCCACUACCCUCUCUGGAUCCCUCGGUGUUGUGGCCAUCAUCUUGCUCCUGGUGGGCCUCUUGGUCAUGAUCUUGAAGAAAUGGAGGCAUGAGAGACUAUUUAAGGAACAACUGAGAAGACAGACCAAUUUUCUCCGCAAACCUUUGGACUUUUCCUGCCAAGCUGAGGCUGUGUAUUGCAAUGUGAUCAACCUGGCCCCCUGGAAAGAGGAAGACUUCGCCAUUUACAUCAACGUGCCCUGUUCUGAGUGCCCCAGGAGGACAAGGAUGAUGCCAGAUCAAGUGGAAUAUGCCUCCAUUGUGUUCCACUGAUGGGGCCUGGGGCACUGGGACCAGUGGGGAAAAAGCUCUGGAUCCAAGCAC